AUGUCCUUCGAUACAGGAAGAGUGUAUUCCACACAAGUGCUGCCCGGCGACGACGACCGGGUCGAGGACACCAACGUCGGACUCACCCGCAAGUACGCCGACUUCAUCCGCGAGUUCUACAUUGACGGCAAUUUCAUCUACCGAGACCAGCUGCAAGACAACAUUCUGGGCGGCAUUCUGACCAUAGAAGUGGACAUUGCUCAUGUCCGAGCGUACGAUGGAGAUCUGGGUCAACGGCUGGCGGACGACCCCACCGGAAUGCUCAAUCUGUUCCAGCUGGCUGCUGCCAACGUGGCAAGACGACUAAUCAACCCUUAUAUGGAUGAGGCCGACGAGCGACUGCGAAAAGAGGGGCCCGACGCCAUUGCCAAGGUCCCCUACGUCCAGGUGACGCUCAGAUCGGACGCCUCCAUCACCCAGAUUCGAGAUCUCGGAUCGACACAUGUUUCCCGACUGGUUCGAGUGCCCGGAAUCAUCAUCGGAAGUGGCAGCGUCAGCAACAAGGUCAAGACGGUCACUCUCAUUUGCUCACACUGCAAAGACCAGAUCAAAAUCGAAGUGACUCCCGGAUUCGCCUCUCUCAACAUUCCUCGAGCCUGCCAGGGACCCCCCAACCCCAAUGGAGAAGCCAAAAACUGUCCCCUGGAUCCCUACAAGAUCCUGCACGAAAAGAGCGAGUUUGUCGACCAGCAGGUGCUCAAGAUGCAGGAGGCGCCAGAAAUGGUGCCCGUGGGAGAAAUGCCCCGUCACGUGAUCAUUUGCGCCGAUGGCUAUCUCGCCAACCGGGUGGUUCCCGGCACUCGAAUCAUGGCCAUCGGCGUCUAUGCCAUUUACUCGGCGCAAAAGGGAAAGAACAACAACAAGGCUGGAGUCAAGGGUGCCGUGGCCAUCAAGAGUCCCUACAUUCGACUAGUGGGAAUGACUGGUCUUGAUUCUAACAACGCUCCUGUUGCCGAUGGACUCAACCCUUCUAGAGAGGUUAUCUUUUCAGAAGCCGAAGAGCAGAUGAUGAUUACCCUCAGUAAAGAGCCCGAUCUCUACGAAAAGAUCACAGGCUCCAUUGCUCCGUCCAUUUACGGAAACACAGACGUCAAGAAGGCCAUUGCAUGCCUUCUGGUAGGUGGCUCCAAGAAGCUACUUCCAGAUGGAAUGCGACUCAGAGGAGAUAUUAACGUCUUGCUGCUGGGUGACCCCGGUACUGCCAAGUCGCAGCUGCUCAAGUUUGUCGAGAAGGUGUCUCCUAUCGCCAUCUACACCUCCGGUAAGGGUUCUUCCGCUGCCGGUCUGACUGCCAGUGUACAGCGAGAGUCGGGGUCUCGGGAGUUUUACCUCGAAGGAGGAGCCAUGGUGCUUGCUGAUGGAGGAGUAGUCUGUAUUGAUGAGUUUGACAAGAUGCGGGAUGACGAUCGAGUUGCUAUCCAUGAGGCCAUGGAGCAGCAGACCAUCUCCAUUGCCAAGGCCGGUAUCACCACCGUUCUCAACUCUCGAACAGCCGUUCUGGCGGCGGCCAACCCCAUUUUCGGCCGAUACGACGACAUGAAAUCGCCGGGCGAAAACAUUGACUUCCAGACCACCAUUUUGUCGCGUUUCGAUAUGAUUUUCCUCAUCAAGGAUGACCACAAUGCCUCCAGAGACGCCACCAUCGCCAAGCACGUCAUGGCCAUCCACGAGACCGGAAACAAGACGGAAGAGGAGGGAGAGAUUCCUCUGGAUCUGCUUAAACGAUACAUUUCGUACUGUCGACAGAAGGUGGCUCCCGUUCUGUCAGACGAAGCAUCGGAGCGUCUGUCUGGCCACUUUGUCGAGCUCAGAAGACAAGUUGCGGCUGCCGAGCGUCAGAUGGGCAGAAAGUCGUCGAUUCCCAUCACCGUUCGACAGCUAGAAGCUAUUGUUCGAAUCACAGAGGCCCUUGCCAAGCUGGAGCUUCAGCCUGUGGCCAGCGCUGCCCAUGUGGAGGAGGCCAUUCGACUGUUUAAUGCAUCUACAAUGGAUGCCGUUACCCAGGGAACGUCUGGAAAGGAUACCAUCAUGGAGGAGGUGACACAGAUCGACCAGGAGCUGCGACGACGUCUGCCCAUGGGCUGGUCGACGAGUUAUUCUCGUCUGGUUACCGAGUUUGUCAACACUCGAAACCAUAGCCAGGAGGCUCUUGACCGAACGCUUCAUGCUCUGGAGAGAUCGGAGGUCAUUCAGUUUAGAAUGCAGCGACAACGAGUUUACCGAGUUGGUGUUUAG